UAAAAGCGGAUGUCCUGUGCAGGCAGGACAUCAUUCAAGUUCUUGCGUUCAACAAGUUCAAGUAACUAGUGCAGCCAACUAACUUUUAGUAACAUUUUUCUAACGGAGGCACCCUCAUAUCCCACAACUCCUAACAGCAUGUCCUUUGCACAGUUCUUUUUUGCCUGCUGCCUGGCCGUCAUCCUGUUGGCUGUGGCCAAUACACAGGCAGCCACCCAGGCCCCUCCACUCUGCCAGGUCGGCAUUGUCGAGGAGAUGCCCCAGCACAUCAGGAAGGUCUGUCAGGCUCUGGAGAACUCGGAUCAAUUGAGUUCGGCCCUCAAGUCCUACAUUAACAACGAGGCGUCAGCUCUGGUGGCCAAUUCUGAUGACCUUUUGAAAAACUACAACAAGCGUACGGACGUCGAUCAUGUCUUUUUGCGAUUCGGUAAAAGGCGUUAAGGAUAUUAACCCAUGAAGGACCCCUUGCUAAUUGAUUUCACGGACGAACCCACGACACAGGACCUUGAUCAACGAGCGGCGAAAAGCGUUUUUGUUCCCCAAGCACCACCCAAUUCUGGCGUCUUCAGCAUAAUUAUGUAAAUCUAAUCAACUCGGAAACUCAGAACUAUACUCAAUUGGAAGCUCUCUAGUUCAUUAAAUAACAAAUCGAUGUGUCCAAUGUUUCUAUAAAAAAAAGCUCACACAAUUGUACAUAUUCAAAGACCCCCGAAAUGUACUAACAAAACUUGAUUUAAAUAUUUCGUUUUUUAAUGUUUUACAAACAAAGCAAAGUAAAUAAGGAUACUGUACACUAUUUACUGUAAACGUAUUGGAUAAAUUCAAAGAUAUCUCAAAUAUAUUUCCCUAGCAUGAAGCAUUAUUAUAAUAUAUCCGAAAAUAUGUUAACAUUUAUACGAUUUCUUCCGAUUCCAUUUUUAAUAAAGACAAACUUUUCCUCUCAAUAAAUGAAUGCAUGCCAAAAUGCAAUUUCAGUCUGUUUUUUAUCUGAUUUUUUGGGAGGCUCUUAGAAAAGAACAUAAUUUUGACAUAAUAUCCCCACUUCCCUAUUUUUCAAUUCAAAGACAAUAUAUUUUUUUUAUAAUUAUUUAUUUAACUAUUCUUUUAGUAACGAGUUUAAUUUUGAAAAAGGAAGAAUAGAAAUUUUUAAAAUCUGAUAAAAUCAUUUACUUUUUGUGUAAGGAAUUCAAUUUUUUAUUAGUUUAUUUUAGAAGUCUUAGUUUUUAAAUAAGAACCUAUUAGGCUAGGUACCUUGCAGUACCUAUUUAUUUUCCCCUAUAUCUUUAAUGCUUGAUAGAUAAUUUAAAAACAAUUAAGUCUGAAAAGCUUGAAAAUUUCUUAAAAGAUUCUUUUAGAAAGUACCAUAACACUGUGCGACAAAAAAAAAAAAACGAAAUACACUUGGGAAACGAGAUAGUGUAGGUUGUUAAUCUGGUCGAAGAGAACUCAAAAAUAUUUUUUUUAUAUUUUUGGAACCCUCCAAUUUUUUUUUAUUUAAAAAAAACCGUUUUUCGGGACUUUUUUGCGCUUAAAAAUUCCUGAACGCGUUUUUUUCAACCGAUUUCAAAAUUUUCGGUGUUUUUCAAUAGUUAAAUGUUGUAGCUUUUGAAAAAAAAAUAUAUCUUCGAUUUUGUUGAACAAAAAGGACAAAAUUUUUACACCUGAAACUAAAGUUUUCGACUUUUAUUCGUGUUUUUCGGAUUUUGAUGCCAGUUUUUCGGUAAAACUAACUAAAAUUCUGUCAUGUUUGCCACAUAUCAAUGUUGUCUCAUUCAUUCUGAAUAAAACGAGACAAAUUUCAUCAAAAAAUAAUUAAAAUUGGUAAAGUUAUAACGCCUUUCCCAAAAAAAGUCAAUUCAACCUAGCGAGCGCUCCGGAGUAACAAUGUGUAUAAGAAUAAGAGUAUAUUGCUUUGUUCUGACAAAAAGUUUGUCAUUUAUGCCACAUAUUAAUAUUGUCUCAAUAAUACUGAAUAGAACGAGACAAAUUUCAUUAAAAAAUAAUACAAAUUGUUGAAGUUAUAACGCUUUUCCCAAAAAAAGUCAAUAAAACCAUGGGAGCACUAUAAGAAGAAGAGCAUAUUCCUGACUUAUACACACAGGUACUCCGGAGCGCACGCAAGGUUGAAUUGACUUUUUUUGGGAAAAGCGUUAUAACUUCACCAAUUUUCAUUAUUUUUUAAUAAAAUUUGUCUCGUUCUAUUCAGUAUUAUUGAGACAAUAUUAAUAUGUGGCAUAAAUGACAAACUUUUUGUCAGAAGAAAGCAAUAUACUCUUAUUUUUAUACACAUUGUUCCUCCGAAGCGCCCGCUAGGUUGAGUUGACUUUUUUUGGGAAAAGCGUUAUAACUUCACCAAUUUUCAUUAUUUUUUGAUGAAAUUUGUCUCGUUUUAUUCAGAAUGAAUGAGACAACAUUGAUAUGUGGCAAACAUGACAGAAUUUUAGUAAGUUUUACCGAAAAACUGGCAUCAAAAUCCGAAAAACACGAAUAAAAGUCGAAAACUUUAGUUUCAGGUGUAAAAAUUUUGUCCUUUUUGUUCAACAAAAUCGAAGAUAUAUUUUUUUUUCAAAAGCUACAACAUUUAACUAUUGAAAAACACCGAAAAUUUUGAAAUCGGUUGAAAAAAACGCGUUCAGGAAUUUUUAAGCGCAAAAAAGUCCCGAAAAACGGUUUUUUUUAAAUAAAAAAAAAUUGGAGGGUUCCUAAAAUAUAAAAAAAAUAUUUUUGAGUUCUCUUCGACCAGAUUAACAACCUACACUAUCUCGUUUCUCAAGUGUUUUUUCACUGUCGCACCGUGUAAUUAGCCCAUUAGAUCCAUAUUCCAAAUAAAGUAUUUUUUAGUCGUAAUUAUAUAAAUAUCUUGAUAUUAAAUUGGUUUCUAAUGGGUUAAUAUGUUAUUCGUAAAUAAUACAGUUGCGGUUGAAAUUAUGUGUACUUCGGGAACAUCGUCAAACGCUAUUUCCUUUGGAAACUGUUGCAGAUACAUUCGCUCCACUGGGAUAUAUUUUUUUAUUCAAUAUUUGAUUUUUUUUUGCUGAAAAAAAUUAUUAAAAGUUUCCAUUUAAUUGCAUAUUCAAUUUAAAUGUUUGUUGCCAUUUGUAAGUUUUUAUUAAAUUAAUAAAAAAAUCAAACAAAUAAUAGAAUACGUUAAAUCAAAUUAUUCGACACGAAAACAUGAAAUAAUGCUGAAUCGGAUUCUUCACGCUCGUAAAACGCCAUAGCGUGUAAAUUAAAAUAUGAUUUUAUGCACUAAACAAUGAUUUGUUGACUGAUCUCUUUACAAGUCAGUGAAUUCUUUCAUUUUGAUUUGAGUUUUUGAGUUAUAUUUUUUCUUCAAAAUUUUUGUUUGGGUUUCUUUUUAUACUUGAGUAAUUUAUAGUCGGUUUGCAUUUUGAAAACAUUAACUUAAAUGAUUUGAUCUUGUUCCUGUUUACGCAAAUUUUUAACUUGCAUUCGAGGCUAAAAACUACAAAAUUAAAAACCGACAUUCUGACCUUUCACUAUGGAUUAUUAGUUUAGAAUAUACUUUUUUCGAUUAAUUUUAGUUAUAUCUCUGUGUGUUUGUACUUUGAGAUGUCAUCGUUUCGUAUAAGAUAUUUUUCAGUCUUUUUCAUUAAAUCACUUUUGAUAUAUUCUUAACAUGAUCGGUUUUAAAACCUAAUUAUCUCAUUUAACUUUUCUUAACCAUAACAAAUAAAAUCAUUUUUAACAUAAACGAAAAUAUAUAAAUAACAUAAAAGUGCAACAUUGAAAACAAAAUAUUUUAUUAAUUUAAAAUCUCAUUUUUUACUUGUUUCUUUUCGUGUUGUAUAGUUUUUGGAUUACCACCAAUGACAAAUCCAUUCCUUCAGAUUUGAUUAUCGUUUUGUUAAUAUUCAUUUCUAAAUCCUGUAAAAAACAACUAAAUUCUACAAUUUAUGGUGAAAAUGCGGCAAUAUGGCCGCCUUUGCUAUUUUUUUUUUUUUUUCAGAACUCAACAGCUUUUUAAAAUUUAUAUUCUAUCAAAGGGGGAAUAAUAUCAAAAGAUAUUAAAUAUCAGACAAAAAAUUCGAAAAAUUUCAUUAUAAUUGCACAAUAGUACAAUAAGCUUGUUGAGCUCU